AUGGGGAGAGAACUCCUGGUUGCAAGACAAAUCCUUCCUAGUGCUAAAUGUAUCAGGUGUGAGUGUCCUGAAUCAAUUUUACACCUAUUCUACCAUUGCCCCUAUGCACAGAAGGUAUGGAAAUUGGCACCUUAUGCAGGAGACCUCGAUGCUUUACAAGUACCCUCCUUUGAGAUGGGUUGGAGAAGGGCUUUGAAUGCUGCUGUCCUCCCUCCUAUUGGCCUUAGUGAUUGCCAUCUUGCUCCAUGGAUCAUCGCUUCUAUCUGUACCCCCAGAUGCAAGAAGCCACAGACCCCCCGACCCCCAAGAACCGAAGUCAUUUGCCGAUCUGAUGCGGCUUGGAAGAAGGAACUUAAAGCUGCGGGUCUCGCAUGGACCUUCAGCGAUGUUCGGAAUGAGAGAUUUUCCUCUCACAGUGUUACUUGUGCGCUUGUGAUCUCGUCUCUCGUGGCGGAGGGACUAGCAAUGCGUUCGGCGAUAGAGCAAGCUAUCGACCUACAGCUGAGGAAGGUGACCUUUGAGUCCGACUCUCUGCAACUGGUAUCUGCGAUCAAAGGAUCCUCAUAUUUCUCUGAAAUCCAUGGGAUCCUAUCUGAUAUUCAUCUACUCUCGUCGUAUUUUGAUGAAAUUUCCUUUCGAGUCUGCCAUCGUGAAAACCUUGUGAUUGAAGAUGGUUUAGCUAAGCAAGCCCUAAGAGGCUUUGUACCAAACUGA